GCGAAAUACUGCAUGAAAGAAGCGGCAUUUAGAAUAACUUGCCGGUUGUAGCAGUAGUAGGCUAAUAAUUGUAUUCGAGCUCAAGUCAGCCAAAAACAAUCCAGUUGCUAACGAUACACGGCUUAAUAAAAUGGUCACAUGCAAUGCUCUAGUGCUGAACGAAAAGAAUCAAAAUGCGGGCGCCCCGAUAAACCGACCAUUCGCUAGAAAGAGGAGGACUAAGAUUCGCCGCCUGCAGUCCAACAAGCGGUUGAAUAAAAACGUGUGCGAACACCAUUUGGACAUUGCCCAUUGUACCCAGAAGAAGGCUCCAUGGCGGAAUUGGGGAUAUCUCAUCCUCGUCCUCGCCGCAGGAAUUGGCAUGUUUUUGCAGUUCACCGGCAGGUUGUCCACGCUCAACGGGUUCCUGGAAAGCUACAACAAUCAGUUCCACUCGAUCGUCCACAACCAGGACAACUACUGCAAUCCCUCCCGGCGGCUGGGCGACAUGGUCCUGCACGCCCGCCACCAGGUACUCAACCAGGAUCAUGCGCUGAACCAGCUAGAACUGGCACUGGACAACACCACCAAUGAGGCAAUCGCCUUGGUGGGCACCUCUGGCGUGGGCAAGAGCCACACUGCGCGCAUCUUGCGGGAAACGUUUCCCUGGCCCGAGAACGUGAAGACACUCUCCUGGACCGACCGUUCUCCUUUGGGCCGAGUGAAGAGCAUGCUAUCCGGCCUGACAUUUUGCGGACAGAAAAUGAUCUUGAUCGAUAACAUGACUCCGAAGGAUGCAGUCUUCGUGCCAAUCAUUAACGAAAUGAUAAGUGAGGGCGAAAAGAGCGCCAACCACACUGAGCAUCAGCAGCAGAAGCGGUUGACCGUUGUGUUCAUCUUUAACGUGAAUGGCAUGCAGUCGCGCGAAGAGGUUGAGAUGGAUAUGGAGAUCCUGAGAAAUAUGCCACACACCCAGCUGGUCACCUUCGCGACUCUGGAACCCACACAUCUGGUCGACUGCAUCCGCAGGGAAGCCGCCAUCGCAAUGGUGCACCUGGAAGACGAGCACGUAGAAGAGAUAUUCAAAAGUAUCGAUGCUAGCGCCUCUGGCUGCAAGUCCAUUUGGGCCAAGGUCCUGCUCUACGGCAAACCAAUAAUCGCAGACUCCCAGGAAACUAACCAAGUCCUUCCAACCGACUAGCUUUUUCAAUUGUUCUAUUUUAGUAGGUUUUUAAAGUCAGAGACAAUUCUGCAAACCAAUCGUGAUAAAUUUAAAAGUAGGUAGGCAAAAACUAUUAGGCUAGCAUCGGUGGAAUAUCAGUAGACAAAAUUGUAUGUUGUAAAUCAAAAACCAAUGUUUAAUAAGCAUUUAUUCCUGUGUAUCGUACAUGAACACUUUGCUAUUUUUUUUUACUACCAAAUGUGUAAAUGAAAUUAAGGCCGCAUCAUGACUAAAUUUUUGUAAAAGAAAACCAAUUGUAUCACAUAAGAAUAAAUUUAAAUGAUUGGGCAGGUAAAUUGUAUUGCGUUGAUAAAUGCUACCUCAAACGCUUAAGCACGUAAGACAUUAUGUUUAAAUUGUAAGUUGACAGAAUUCAACCACUAUUUUAAGAAAAUGUGAUUAAAAUUGACAUACGUCUAGAAUCUAGUUCUUAUAAA